AUGACCACGUCCAUUUCUGUUGCUCUUCUGAGCGGGAGGUCGGCGGACAUCGAAGUGGAGGAAGGCUCGUCGCUGGAAGAAGUGCAACGGCGGGCGCAGCAGAUGUUGGGCGUCAGGGGCAGGUUGAUGGCAAGCGAUGGAGCUCCUUUGAAGGGUACGGGUACAGUUCUUCAAGCUGGGGUCUCAGACGGCGAUUCCCUUACCUUGUUGGUUCCUUCUCUGCGUAUCCUAGCUGGCUCAUCAAGUGCAUUUGCAGGCGUUCUGAGUGACGACAGUCUAGUGGUUUGGGGGGAGGAGGCGCCUGGUGACACAUCUUUUGGAAGACAGAUAAAGAACGUGCAGCAGGUAGCUGCCACAAGCGAGGCGUUCGCGGCCCUCUUGUGGGAUGGGUCAGUGGUGACCUGGGGUUCUCGAAAGUGCGGAGGAGAUAGCUCUGCCGUCAAAGAAGAACUUCGAAAUGUGCAACACAUCAUCGGUACCAGGUGCGCUUACGAAGAUUACGGGGAUGAAUGGACAAACGAUGGAGCGUUUGCUGCCAUCCUCGCCGAUGGGUCCGUGGUAACCUGGGGCAGCCCAGCGUGUGGCGGCGACAGCAGCUCUGUCCAACAUCAACUGAAAGGCGUGAAGCACAUUGCCACCACAGCUCGGUCCUUUGCAGCGCUUCUGCAAGAUGGUUCAGUGGUCACUUGGGGCAGUCAUCCUCUUGGUGGUGAUAGCUCCGCCGUGCAAGCACAGCUCUGCCAUGUGCAGCAGAUUCACGGUUCUGACGGGGCUUUUGCAGCCAUCAAGGAUGAUGGAUCUGUGGUAACCUGGGGCAGUGGAAACCAUGGUGCCUGGAGCUGUGAUGUUGAAAACCAGUUGAGAGAUGUACGACACAUCGAAGCCACAUCUGGGGCCUUUGCAGCACUCCUGCAGAGUGAAUCCGUUGUAACCUGGGGUGCUAAGAACUGCGGUGGUGAUAGUCGAGCAGUUCAAGCGCAGCUCCAAACAGUGCAUUUCCUUGCAGCUACCUUGGGUCGCGGAGAAAUAAUCGGAGCUGAUGAAGACGGAGCCUUUGCUGCUAUCCUCGGCGAUGGGUCUGUGGUAACCUGGGGCAGCCCAGCGUGUGGCGGCGACAGCAGCUCUGUCCAACACCAACUGAAAGGCGUGAAGCACGUUGCCGCCACAGCUCGGUCCUUUGCAGCGCUUCUGCAAGAUAGUUCAGUGGUCACUUGGGGUAAUGACCGUUUUGGUGGUGAUAGCAGCAGAGUCCAGGACCAGCUGCAUGACGUGCAGGAGCUUCAUGGCAACGAAAAUCUGUUCACUGUCUUGCGGAGCGAUGGUUCCAUCAUUUGCUGGGGUGAUGAGUUCUGGGACAAACUCGAUUAUGACGACCUCUUGGAAGAAGAGUGA